CUUGCCUCUCUCUGAUCGAUACACAUAGACAAGAACACCAUGGCCUCCCUUGUCUUCCUCGUGGCGCUGCUGCUCUCAUGCAGCUCCAUGAGCAGCGCAGCACGGCACCUAGAGGAGGCCGUGCCCAAGAAGGAGUAUCCACCACAUCCGAUCGUCCCGGAGCUGCCAAAGCCCGAACUCCCGCCGCACCCCGCCGUGCCCGAGCUGCCCAAGCCUGAGCCACCGCACACUCUCGUGCCCGAAGUGCCACACCCCAUGGUGCCCGACGUGCCAAAGCAUGAACUACCGCCGCACCCUGCUGUGCCCGAGCUGCCGAAGCCUGAAGUGCCGCAUCCAGUUGUGCCUGAGGUAGCAAAGGAGCCCGAAGUGCCACAUCCCGUGGUGCCCGAGGUGCCAAAGAACGAACUACCUCCGCACCCUGCUGUGCCCAAGCUCCCGAAGCCUGAAGUGCCGCAUGUGCCCGAGGUGGCUAAGGAGCCUGAAGUGCCACACCCCGUCAUGCCGGAGGUGCCAAAGGAGCACGAACUGCCGCACCCCAUCGUGCCGGAGGUGCCAAAGGAGCACGAGCUGCCGCACCCUGCCAUACCAGAGUUGCCGAAGCCUGAAAUGCCACACCAUGCCGUGCCAGAGGCGCCGAAGGAGCCCCAUGUGCCACACCCUGAGGCGCUGAAGGAGCCCGAGUUACCGCACCCUAUUGUGCCAGAGGUCCCGAAGCACGAAAUGCCGCCGUUCCCCAAAGCUGAGCUGCCCCCGAAGCCCGAGUUCCAUUUUCCAAAGCCAGAGACCAAGCCAUGAUCGGACUAGCUCAUCCCCACAGUACCCAUUAUCUAAGUAUUAUUAAACUAUAUUAUAUACAUGUGUGUGUGUGUGUGUGUGUGUGUGUGUGUGUGUGUGUGUGUGUGUGUGUGUGUGUGUGUGUGUGCCGUUAGAGCCCGCACUCUAGUUCCUGACGAGAGCGUUAUGUCUGAGUGGUAUUGCAUGGUGCAACUGUUCAAUCUGUUCCUUUUAUGUAAAUGCACGAUGUAUAUGAUAUGCACAUGAAUAAAUAUAUUUGUGUUUGGAGUUUCAGA